ACAAGCCGGCUAAGCAAUGGACAAUAUUUUAUGAAGGUUCUGUUUUUUUUCAGUUUGGUUAUUAAGAAUGGCCAAACUAUUUCAUUAUUCAAGUUUUGAUCUUUUGAUUCUUCAUGCCACUCUUUCACGCAUAACUCAUACAACUAUACUACAAUGGCUUCUUCCUUGUCAACUCUCCCAAAACCCAUCUCAGAAUCCUCUUUUUUCCUACCAAAAUUAAGCAAUUCCAUUGUUAUUCCAAAGAACAUCUUAAUUUCAAGAUUAAAGAUCAGACCUUUGAUCCAAUCAAAUGUUUUCAAGAAUUCAAAUCAAACCCAAUUUUCCUCUGAAGGAGAAUGUAGUCCAAUGUUUGAUGUCCCACUUCUCUCUUGCUCAGAGGUUAUUGAGAGGUUGAGAACAAAUCGAGAAAGUCACAAAACCAAGCAACAGUAUUUGGCAAUGUACUCUAGCGUUUUUGGUGGAAUCACAACUGAUACAGCUGCGAUGGUGAUUCCCAUGGAUGAUCACAUGGUCCAUAGAGGGCAUGGAGUUUUUGAUACUGCUGCCAUUAUGAAUGGAUACCUUUAUGAGUUGGAUCAACACCUUGAUCGUUUCCUGAGAUCUGCAACCAUGGCCAAGAUACAAAUUCCUUUUGAUAGGGAAAGCAUUAGACGAAUUCUCAUUCGUACAGUAAGCAUUUCACAAUGCAGAAAAGGUUCUCUAAGAUACUGGCUUUCGGCGGGAUCCGGUGAUUUCCAACUAUCUCCGUCCGGCUGUCAUCAAGCAGCUCUUUAUGCCAUUGUAAUUCAAGAUCAAUCACCUCCUGAUCACAGGGGCGUCAGAGUUGUAACUUCAUCAAUCCAAAUAAAACCCCCACAGUUUGCUGUCAUGAAGAGCGUAAAUUAUCUGCCAAAUGCACUUUCCAAGAUGGAAGCAGAAGAAAAUGAUGCAUAUGCAGCGAUUUGGUUGGACGGCGACGGCUUUGUUGCUGAAGGACCGAACAUGAAUGUGGCUUUUGUUACAAAAGACAAGGAACUUCUGAUGCCUUGUUUUGACAAAAUUCUCAGUGGUUGUACAGCUAAAAGAGUUCUGGUUCUUGCAGCAAAAUUAGUAAAAGAAGGUAAACUUCAGGGUAUUAGAGUAGAUAACGUAUCUGUGGAGGACGGGAAAAGAGCAGAGGAGAUGAUGCUUAUUGGCAGUGGAGUUCUUGUACGCUCAGUGGUGCAGUGGGAUGAAGAAAUCAUCGGCAAUGGUAGAGAAGGUCCUGUAACACAGGCUCUGCUAAAUCUUCUCUUGGAGGAUAUGAAGUCAGGGCCUCCCACGGUGCGAGUUCCCGUUCCCUAUUGAACUGGAUCAUCGGCGGAGGUAGAUGCUCAGACACGAGUUGGCCGAACCUAGUAGCUUUGCUCAAACAACAUAUCCAUAAAGUUAAAAUCCUGGCUCCGCCUUUGAAGUAGAUAGCAUAUAUUUCCUUGCAAUUGUAAUUUGUGGAUCAAGAUUGAACAAUCUCACUCAUCAAGUCUUAUAGGAAGUAUUACAGCAUAAAAAUGCUUCUCAACAGUAGAAAUGAUUUUUCCUAGAAAUGCUCUUCAUAAGAAUGUAGUUAUCACAUGGCAAAUGCCAAAAACUGUUUGAUUCUUCUCA